GUUUUCAGAUGGCUGGGGAGAGUGGUAAGACCGUAGUGCUGGCAGCACUGGGCCGGCCCUUCAGUCUGGGGAUGCUCUACGACUGUCGCAACGACUCACUGAUCCCUGCUCUGACACUUUGGGACCAGGAAGCCUUAGAGAAAGAAGCAGAUGAAAGACCCCAACCCAACAGUGAUUUUGAGAUAGUUGCAUCCGACUCAAUCGAUUCCAAAACUACUGCAUUGAAUGUUAAUGCUUCAUUGAAAGCCAGUUUUAUGUCUGGAAUGGUUGAUGUUGAAGGCUCUGCCAAAUAUCUCUCCAAUUCCAAGACUUCCACAAAGCAUGCUCGAGUAACACUUAAAUAUAGUGCCACCACCAAGUUCCAACAGCUUUCAAUGAAUCUGAUUGGUCCAGGAAAUAUGAAGUAUACAGAUGUGUUGACGUCUGGACAAGCAACACACGUAGUGACAGGAAUUCUUUAUGGGGCACAAGCCUUCUUUGUUUUUGACCAAGAGGUGUCAGAAAAUGAACAUGUGCAAGACAUCGAGGGCAAUCUAAAGGUGAAGAUCAAUAACAUACCCGGCAUAACGAUAGACGGUGAAGGUUCUCUGAAAAUGGAAGGCAAGGAAAUUUCAGAUGUUGACAAGUUCUCCUGCAAGUUCCAUGGGGACUUUUUCCUUGAGAAAAACCCUGUUACUUUUAAGGCGGCAGUAGAAGUCUGUCAAAUUCUGCCUACGCUGUUGGGAUCCAAUGGAGAGAACGCAGUGCCUCAGAAGGUCUGGUUAUUGCCACUGAAGUCUCUAGAUGCUGGUGCUGCUGGACUGGUUCGACAAAUAAGCGAAAAAUUUAUCAAUGAUGCUACGAAUGCCCUGGAGGACCUCAGCGAGCUGGAAAGGAGAUGCAACGAUGCAGUGCGAUGCACAACAAUCCAGCAAUUCCCACAGAUUAAAAAAAAGGUGAAAACUUUCAAAGAACUUGUUUCUCAGUAUAAACUAGAAUUCAUGAAUAUAAUGGCAAAGAAACUCCCAUUGAUCCGAAGCGGAAAAGAGAAGGAAUAUGCUUUCGCAAGGAUCCUGGAAAAAGUACAUUCCUCUCCCUUCAAAAAUGAUGAACUGAAUGAGUGGAUGGAUUGCAAAGAGACAGAAACCAAAAUCAUCAGCUCUCUGAUUGACAAUACGCCCAACAUGACUAUUGUCAGCAGUCGGAGCACUCUGCAACUGGAGAUCAACAAUGCAGAUAUCACAUAUGCUGUGUGCUUUGUCUUUACCUCCCUGGAAGGCCAAGAGCCUUACCUUUCAGCUCUGUCAAAAUACUUGGAAGCAACCCAACCAGACAGCGUGCAGUGUGCUGAUGAUUUUGGGGAAAAGGAACCAUGGUUCUUCUCACCUGUAGCCUACAGGAAAAUAAAGCUCUUCAAAGAUUUUGCUAUGGCCAACAAGGAGAACAAAAGCAUCAGGUUUCUAGCAACUGCAAUAAGUGAUAAUGAGAAGAAAGGUGCAACUCUCCACCUCUACAAGGAUGGCUCCUUAGUCACCGACAACUUUGAACCCCCUUUGGAGCCAGAGAUGACCACUGAUGAAAUCACCCAUAACAGUGUAACACUGAAAUUUCCUCCACCUCAGACGAAGGACACCGACUACGUUGUUGAGUUCUGUGUCCAUGGAAACGAUGUUUGGCAUCAAGAAAUGGAGAGCAAGGAUGGAAAAUUCGAAGUGACCGGCUUACAGAUGAAUGAAGAGUAUCAGUUCAGGGGUAGAGCCAAAUGCGCAGUCGGCUUAAGUCCGGCCUGUGAAGCUUUAAUUAAAACCUUACCAUGCGGUCCACCAGAAAACCUACAUGUGGAAUGUGAAUCUACAGAGUUAACAGUCAGCUGGGAUAAAACAACUGAGCUUGGAAGUGGAGUGGAGAUCGUGCAAUACAUCUUAGAAUAUGUUUGCACAGAAAGAGAAGGUAAUAAUGAAGAGCGCAAACUCACAUUACCAGCCACCGAGCCACAAUUGACACAAGUCAUUGAAGAUUUGAAGGGUUCGAAGGAAUACACUGUCCGGGUCAAAAGUGACUGUGGAGUAGCUGGCCUUGGCAAAGAUAAAUCUGUCUCUGUAUGGACCAGGGCCGUCGAUAAGGGGUGAAAGGUGAUGACGAUUCUAGGGGCCCAAAGCCCAGGGGGGGCCCA